CCAGACCAGGCCAGGCCAGGCCCGGCCAGGCCCGGCCCCACCGCCCGCACCGCCCCGGGGCACCUCAUGGCUCUCGGCGCCGCUCCCUGCAGAAGACAGAGCCCAGCCCCGAGCCGUGCCGAGCCCUGGCCCGUCCUUUCUGGGCGGGCUUCGCGGGGCCAAAACACAGCCCCACACACCCCUCCCUCCCGGCCCGCCCGCCGCCAACCUCUCGCGGCGCAAGGAGGUCCCGGGGCCAGGUGAGCCGCAGCGCGCUUGCGCCGCGCCUCCAGGUCGGCCGCGGCCUCCAUCCGGGUAUUCGGCGGCCCGGCCAGGCGGGGGGGUUUCAUUGUGCGUGCAGCUGCCGCGCUCAGUCGCUCUAAAAUGGCCGCCGCCGCCUCAUCUCCCGCCGCCGCGGGGGCUCCUGCGGUACCCACUACCCCGGCGGCGGUGGCGCUGCCUCCUACGGAGAGCAAGAAGAUCACCGACCUGCGGGUCAUCGAUCUCAAGUCUGAACUGAAGCGGCGCAACCUGGACAUCACCGGGGUGAAGACGGUGCUCAUCUCCCGCCUCAAGCAGGCUAUUGAAGAGGAAGGAGGUGAUCCAGAUAAUAUUGAAAUAACUGUUUCGGCUGACACACCCACCAAGAAACCAGCUAAAGGCAAAGGUAAAAAGCAGGAAGCUGAUGAAUUAACUGGUGAUGUUUCAGUUGAAGAGGAUUCUUUUGUUAAGGAAAGUGAAUUGGAGACUCAAGAUGCAAGUGAUCAAGAUGGAAAUGAUGAAUUAAAGGACUUCAAAGAAUCUGUUGAAGAUGAGAACUUGAAUUCUAAAGAGCUACCACCUGCAGAAAAGAAAAGAUUCCGUGACCUGGAGCCAGCAGAGACAACAGAAGAUGCAGAAAAGGAUUUUGAAACUCAGGAAAAUGAAGGUCAAGACAUAGAAGAUUACCCUUUUCCAACUGUCCAUGAUGGUGAAGAUGAAGAAAAUGAGAAAGAUAAAGCAGGUUCUGGUGAUGGUACACAAGAAGUAUCUAAACCUCUUCCUUCAGAAGAAAGCCUAGCUGAGGCUGAUCACACGGCACACGAAGAGAUGGAAGCUAACACCUCUGUGAAAGAAGCUGAGGAUGAUAACAUAUCGGUUACAAUCCAGGCUGAAGAUGCCAUCACUCUGGAUUUUGAUGGUGAUGACCUCCUAGAAACAGGUAAAAAUGUGAAAAUUACAGAUUCUGAAGCAAGUAAGCCAAAGGAUGGGCAGGAUACCAUUUCACAGAGCCUGGAGAAGGAAAGCAAGGACUAUGAGAUGACUGAGAACCAUAAAGAUGGUAAGAAGGAAGACUGCGUGAAGGGUGAUCCCGUCAAGAAGGAAGCCAGAGAAAGUUCAAAGAAAGCAGAAUCUGGAGACAAAGAAAAGGAUACUUUGAAGAAAGGUCCCUCGUCUACUGGGGCCUCUGGUCAAGCAAAGAGCUCUACUAAGGAAUCUAAAGAAAGCAAGACAACAUCAAAGGAUGAUAAAGGAAGCGCAAGCAGUGUUAGUGGUAGCAGUGGAAGUUCAACUAGAAACCUGUGGGUUAGCGGACUGUCUUCCAACACAAAAGCUGCUGACUUGAAAAAUCUCUUUGGCAAAUACGGAAAGGUGCUUGGUGCAAAGGUGGUCACAAAUGCACGAAGCCCAGGGGCAAAAUGCUACGGCAUAGUAACAAUGUCUUCUAGUACAGAAGUGGCGAGAUGUAUUGCGCACCUGCAUCGAACAGAGCUGCAUGGACAACAAAUUUCUGUUGAGAAAGUGAAAGGUGAUCCCUCCAAAAAGGAGUUGAAGAAGGAAAGUGAUGAGAAGUCUGGUUCAAGUAGAAGCACAGGAGAUAAGAAGAGUACGUCAAGUGAUAAAACCAGCAAAACUCCAUCAACCAAAAAAGAAGAAAAGAAAUCUGAGAAAUCUGAAAAAAAAGAAAGUAAAGAAGCCAAGAAAACAGAAGGUAAAGAUGAGAAGAGUGAUAAUGGAGCAAGUGGCCCUAAUCAAGAAUCCACUAAAAAAACUGAAGAAAAGAAAAGAAUAAGUGGUAAAAGCCCAGGUCAAGUUGUAGUUUUAGACCAAACAAAAGGAGACCAAGGCCACACUAGGACAGUUAGAAGGGGAAGGUUUGAUAAACCACAGAUAUUGAGGAACAAAGAGCGUAUUAUUCAAGAUAAAGUGAAAUUCAGGGAAUACAGGGGUAGAAAGGAUAUCUUGCCUUUUGAAAAGAUGAAGGAACAGAGAUUGCGAGAACACAUGGUUCGAUUGGAAAGAAUACGACGAGCUGUUGAACUCCGAAGGCGAAGAGAAAUCGCUGAGAGGGAGCGUCGUGAGCGAGAGCGCAUCCGCAUCAUGCACGAGCGAGAAGAGUGCUUACAGAGAGAGAGGGAGCGGCUGGAAAUUGAAAGGCAGAAACUGGAGAGGGAAAGGAUGGAACGAGAGCGCUUGGAAAGAGAGCGUGUCCGUAUUGAACAGGAACGUCGAAAAGAAGCGGAACGUAUUGCUCGUGAAAGGGAGGAACUGCGGCGGCAACAGCAGCAGCUUCGGUAUGAACAGGAAAAGAGGAAUUCUUUGAAACGUCCACGUGAUGUAGAUCACAGGAGAGAUGAUCCGUACUGGAAUGAGAAUAAGAAGAUGGCUCUUGAUACAGAUGCACGUUUUAGUCAUGGUUCAGAUUACGGUCGCCAGCAGAACAGGUUUAAUGAUUUUGAUCACAGAGAACGGGGACGAUAUCCAGAAGGUUCUUCUGUUCCCUCAUCUUCUUUUGAUAGGCGAGAACGUUUUGUAAACCAAGGUGAAGCAAAAAAGACUCGUCCAACAGCACGGAGGGAAGAGCCAGGGUUUGAGAGGUAUCCUAAGAACUUCAGUGACUCCAGAAGAAAUGAACCACCUCAACCAAGAAGUGAACUUCGAGAUACAGACAGACGAGAAGUGCGAGGAGACAGAGACGAAAGAAGAACAGUGAUAAUUCAUGACAGACCUGAAAUGCCACAUGGUCGACAUCCAAGAGAGACUGGUUCAAAUCCACCCAGGCAAGCAAGUUGGAAGAGCGAGGGAAGCAUAAGCACGGACAAACGGGAUGGCAGAGGCGAGAGGCCAGAGCGGUCGGGACGAGAAGUGUCUGGGCACGUGAGGGGAGCCCCGCCGGGCAGCCGCGGCAGCGCUGCCGCCUACGGCAGCAGGGACGCGGAGCGGGGUGUCAUGGGAGAGCGAGGCGGAGCACAACACUAUAAUGAGGACAGACAUGUUGUCGAACGCCAUAGCCGUGAAACUGGACCAAGAAAAGAAUGGCAUGGGCCUAGUUCUCAAGGAAGUGGGUAUCAUGAUACAAGGAGAAUGGGAGAUGGCCGUGGCGGGGGUGGCAUGAUGUCUUCACAUACAAGUAACUCCUCACCAAUUAAUAGAGUUGUACAGAUCACAGGCAAUUCCAUGCAGAGGGGAAGUGGCUCAGGAUUUAAGCCAUUUAAAAGUGGACCUCCACGAAGAUUCUAAGAUCUACAGCUGCUUGGUUUCAAGAUAACUUAUUGAAAUCUCUUGUAAAAUUUCUCUGAUUAAAAACAGGAAAUCUUGUCUGGAAAUCCUGGUUAAAUUUUUUUAAUUUAACAUGAUUACUUUCCUCUCAAUUUUGGAGGCAUUUUAAUAGUUACGUUGUAAUUUUGGAUAGUUUUUGUGUAUCUUUGAUAAGCAUUUUUCCCUGAGGCAACAGAGCUCUGUAAAAAACAAAUUGGAACCAAAAUAUUUGUUAAAACUGUAUAAAAGAAUAGUUUGCAGCUGCGUGCUAGUAGUUUGAUUUACCACCAUUAGCUCCGUGGUGUCAUGCUUUAAAGUUAGCUACUUACCACAACAUACACAACUAUAACCUCCAUUUGGAAGGUUGUCCAGGCUAUUAUCUCUGCUUUCUAAUUUGUAGAGAAAUAAGAUUGUUCUUUCAUUACUGGGUAUUAUGUAACCUAUUUUUGCAGAAGGUACUGUUACAUUGAGUGCAUUUAUGUGUAUUCUUGCAAAUGUAUUCUUUUGAAAUAAACCUUCAUAUUCUGUAGAGCUUCUACUAAGUCUUUGAAACAGUCUUUGGGGAAGGAAGACAAUUAAACAGAUCUGUUGUUAUAGCAAAUCAAAAACGUGGGUGCCAAUUCGCUUGCAACUAAAACUUCCUUAAUUGUCUCCUUCGCUGUUAUGGAAUAGAAGCGCAUUUGAUAGCCCAGGAAAGAUCAGUGCCAGAAAAUACAGAAA